AUGGAGAACGACUCUUUUGGGUUCAGCUAUGAGUUAACCCUCGACCCAUUUGUUAUUCCACCUGGAGGAAAGUAUCCCAUAUUUUUUCUAGGGAUUGCAAUUUAUUUUUUUGGCAUUUUUUGCAACCUGACCUUGUUGACUUUGAUCAUUCUGAAGAGAAACCUGCACAAACCAAUGUAUUUCAUCCUGUUUAGUCUUCCCCUCAAUGAUCUGAUUGGCAUAACUGCAAUGCUACCCAAAGUGCUUUCAGACAUUGUGACAGAGACAAAUAAGGUUUACUAUCCCCUCUGUGUUUUACAAGCUUUCUUAUUGCACAUGUAUGGAGGUGGGAUUUUGUUCAUUCUUGCAGCAAUGUCUUUUGAUCGCUAUGCUGCCAUCUGCAUGCCGCUGCGCUACAGCUCUCUGAUGACCCCCAGAGUCGUUAUUUUUAUCAUCUGUCUAAUUUGGGGUCUUGACUUUGUCCUGAUUGUAUCAUUGUUCUCUUUACAGACAAGGCUCCCCAGGUGCAAGUCUGUGAUUAUGAAUGUGUUUUGUGAUAACCCGUCUCUACUGAAAAUCACAUGUGGAAACAAGACAGUCAAUAAUAUCAUUGGGUUGUUUAACACAGCUGUCAUGCAAGCUGUAAGUGUGUCUGUUCAGGUAUUUUCCUAUGUGAAGAUUCUGAUCACAUGUGUGGUUACAAGGAGGUCUGAAGUGAAGAUGAAAGCUGUCAACACGUGCGUUGCACAGCUGCUGAUAUUGAUCAUAUUUGAGAUUGUGGGAACUUUCACCAUUUUAUCACAUAGGUUCAAAAAUGUCUCUGCUGACUUGCAAAAGAUAAUGGGCAUGCUAAUAUUUCUUGUACCCCCGCUUCUGAAUCCAAUAGUUUAUGGGCUGUAUACAAGUGAAAUACGAAACACUCUCCUGCGAGUCUUAAAAAACAGAGUAUCCAUCUAAAUCUUUACACAAGAUGGUUAACAAUCGCAAUACCAACCACAAAACUGCGUUAUCUCUGCAGCCUCUCUGAUAGUGUAAACACUAUCAGCUGUGCAUGGGACCAUAAGAAGUGCAUGAAGUAGAACACAA